UAUCGUUCGCAUUUUCUAGGUUCCACAGCUCUCCCAAAAGAAGUACCAAAAUGGUGAAAGAGCAGUUUCAGGAACCCGAUGUGGUUCAUAAAAUAUCGCAUGUGUGCUUUGGAAUGCAAUCCGGAGCAGAAAUCCAGCAAAGCGCGCAUUUACACGUUGUCGCCAAUAGGCUAUAUGAAGCGGAAAGGACGGAGGUACCCAUGCCCUAUGGCGUUCUUGAUCGGAGAUUAGGAACGAGUGUGAAAGACGGUAUCUGCUCGACCUGUGGAGAGAAUCUAGCAACCUGUGUGGGUCAUUUCGGCUACAUCGACCUAGAAUUGCCGGUUUAUCACAUCGGUUACUUCCGGGAUACCAUCAACUGUCUUUCUUCAAUUUGCAAGGUGACCGCCCUUAAAGAAAAACUGAAUCUGUCUUUCGUAGGAUGUUGA